CCAGAUGGUGUGGUGAACCUGAGCGUGCCCAUCGUGCUGCCCAUCUCCACGGAGGACAAGGAGCGGCUGGCGGGCUGCGAGGCGCUGGCGCUCAGCUACGCGGGGCGGAAGGUGGCCGUCCUCAGGAACCCCGAGUACUUCGAGCACAGGAAGGAGGAACGCUGCGCCCGCGUCUGGGGCACCACCUGCCCCAAGCACCCCCACAUCAAAAUGGUGAUGGAAAGUGGAGACUGGCUGGUGGGUGGAGACCUCCUCGUGCUGGAGAAGAUCAAAUGGAACGACGGGCUGGACCAGUACCGCCUGACGCCACUCGCUCUCAAGCAGAAGUUCAGAGAAAUGAACGCUGAUGCCGUCUUUGCAUUUCAGCUGCGCAACCCCGUCCACAACGGGCACGCCCUGCUCAUGCAGGACACCCGGCGCCAGCUUUUGGAGAGGGGUUACAAGAACCCCGUGCUUCUCCUGCACCCCCUGGGGGGAUGGACCAAAGAUGACGAUGUCCCGCUGGAGUGGCGGAUGAAGCAGCAUGCGGCGGUGCUGGAGGAGCAAGUCCUGGACCCCAAGUCGACCAUCGUUGCCAUCUUCCCCUCUCCCAUGCUCUACGCCGGCCCCACGGAGGUAAGGUGGCACUGCCGGUCUGGCAUGAUCGCCGGCGCCAAUUUCUACAUCGUGGGGCGCGACCCUGCCGGCAUGCCGCACCCCGAGACCAAGAAGGACCUCUAUGAGCCCACACAAGGAGGGAAGGUCCUCAGCAUGGCGCCGGGCCUGACCUCAGUGGAAAUCAUCCCCUUCCGGGUGGCCGCUUACAACAAACUGAAGAAGGCCAUGGAUUUUUAUGACCCGAAAAGGCACGACGACUUCGACUUCAUCUCGGGCACACGCAUGAGGAAGCUUGCGCGGGAGGGCGAGAACCCGCCUGACGGCUUCAUGGCCCCCAAGGCCUGGAAAGUCCUGACCGAGUACUACCAGUCGCUGGAAAAAAAGCAUUAA